AUGGCAGAAAAGGAUAAUGUCCAAGAUGCCGUCGUCCUUGUUGCAGAGACCCACGAUGAGCUUUCUCAAACUAUCGACGUUGAGAAGCUAGGAAGACAGCGUCCUGCAGCGUUUUCUUCUGCUUGGAUGGAAAUUGCCUUCGUCGUUUCCAUCUUGGGCUCCCUUUCUAUGGCGGACUUUGUCAUUAGCGGUUUCCAAGUCGUUCUGCCUAACUUGGUUGAGCCACUCGACAUCCCCCUCGAAGCACAAACAUGGCCCUCGAGCGUCUUGACUCUGACCGCGGGUGCAUUCCUGUUCCCCCUUGGGCGGCUGGCGGACAUGUAUGGAGGAUAUCUGCUUUUCAACGGAGGCAUAGCGUGGUUCGCGGUGUGGUCCAUCAUUGGUGGCUUCACCCGCAACUUCAUCAUGCUGGUCAUCUGCCGUGCUAUGCUGGGCAUUGGCGCGGCGGCGUUCCUCCCUGCUGGCAUUUCCCUGCUUGGUCGGAUUUACAGGCCCGGGCCGAGGAAGAACAUUGUGUUUAGCCUCUAUGGUGCUCUUGCCCCGCUGGGCUUCUUCGCGGGUAUCAUUGUCGGGGGCAUGGCUCAGGACUUGCUCUCCUGGAGAUGGUUCUUCUGGCUGGGCGGCAUACUGUCAGCCGUUUUUGGAGUGGGGACGAUUUUGACAGCUCCCCGCGACUAUGAGGAGGCGCGAAAGAUGAAUGUCAAGAUGGACUGGUGGGGAGUGUUUACGACCGUGCCGGGGUUGAUGCUUCUCAUUUAUGCGCUGACGGACAGCGCCAAUGCUCCUGGUGGAUGGGCCUCUCCUCGGAUCCUGGUCACACUCAUUCUUGGACUCAUCUUCCUUGGUGCGGCUGUGUAUGUUGAGGGCUGGGUCGCCGAAUCACCGCUUAUUCCGGCAGACAUCUUCCGCGUCAAGUGCAUGAAGAGAAUGCUGCUCUGCCUCUUUAUUACAUGGGGCGUGUUCAACAUUUAUCUCUUUUAUGCCAACUUCUACAUUGAGACGAUUUUGAAGAAAUCUCCACUGUUAACUGCGGUUUACUUUGCCCCCUGGGCAGCAGGCGGCCUAGUCUUGGCCACAACAAGCGGCCUCAUUCUUCACAUGCUUUCCGGCAAAGUGCUCAUCAUCAUCUCUGGCAUUUCAAAAGUUAUUGCAGUGCUCAUGUUUGCACUUAUUCCCGAUAACCCCAACUACUGGGCGUGGAUCUUCCCGGCUAUGCUUUGUGAGGCCGCCUGUGUUGACGUUUUGUGGACUGUGAGCAACGUCUUCCUGACGACUAGUCUGCCUAAGAACCGUCAAGGAUUAGCUGGUGCACUCAUCAGUGUGAUGCUCUUCCUUGGAGGAGCCUUUUUCUUGGCAAUUGCAGAUGUCGCCAAAGGGCAGUUUGUGUUGAACGGAAUGGAUCUUAAGCAUCAGUACAAGAGCGUCUUUUGGAUCGGCGUGGGGCUUGCGGGAUUGGCCCUUGCCAUCUGCUUCUUCAUGGACUUGGACAAGGCCGCUGGUGACCUGACGGUUGAUGAAAAAGAAUUGCGAAAAAUGAGCAAUGCUUCUUCGGAAGUGUCGUCUGUUGCUGAGUCUGCUACUGGCGGCGCUCGAGUUGAGCCGAUGACGGGCGUGGUUGUUGAUUCAGCUGAACAGACUGACAAUGAAGAGAAGGAAAAUAAGACUGCUGCUUGA